AGGGUGUGCAGCAGCACAGACCCCGUUUUGAUUUACAAGAUGCUGACGGAGGAGUGGGGCCUCUCUCCUCCACACUUGGUAGUGGCGUUGGUGGGAGGAGAUGAGCUGGCUCAGAUGAAGCCCUGGCUCAGGGACACUCUUAGGAAAGGGCUUGUGAAAGCUGCACAGAGCACAGGGGCCUGGAUUUUAACUAACGGUCUUCGCUUUGGGAUCACCAAGCAUUUGGGCCAGGCAGUGAGAGAUCACUCCUUGGCCAGCACCUCCUCUAAAGUGCGUGUUGUGGCCAUUGGCAUUGCACCCUGGAACAUGAUCCACAACCGAGAAGCACUCCUCACUGCCAAGGUGGAUGAGCCAGCAGUAUACAAACCGCAGGACCUGCCCCAUGGCUCAGUGUAUUCCCUGGACAGCAACCAUUCUCACUUUGUGCUUGUGGAGGAGGAUCCCAACAGACCAGGAGCCACCAGUGAAAUGAGAGUGAAGCUGCUCAAACACAUUUCCCUGCAACGCACAGGUUAUGGAG